AUGACAGACAUUUCGAAUAUGUUGGGCUAUGUUUUUUGUAAAACACCUAGUUUAUUCCUGUUCCUUACUGAAAACUUGUUAAUGGGCAUGCAUAAACUCGAUUUUGCCCCUCUGAGUCAUACACAUUGUUGUCUAAAUGGCAAAUACGGUGCUUUUUUUCAACUUUUUUCCCAAGAUUUAGGCUACUUGUCUUUAAGUAAGAAGGAUCAGUAUCUUGAUGGUUCCGGUUCCGCCAAUCCUCCUCAUACCCCUUUUUUGCUGAGAAAAAUGUGUGUGUAUGAAUUUGUGGCCCUAGAAAGUGAUUCAUACCUGCCUCUGACACAUUACCCCGAGAAGAGUUUUUUGCACCGUGAAGGAUUCCAAGCUCCCCACUGCCUGUGGGUCCUGCGAAAUAUAAUCAGGCAGCUAGUGGCAGCAGUGGAUAUCAAAAUGCCUAAAAAUAUUUGUACGCCACAUGGAAAUUUUCAAAAACCUACAACAAAGCACGUAGGCAGUUUAAAAUCUAUCAUUGAAAAUGUCUUACUUGAAAACCUCUUUAAAGUUAAUGCUUCGUUCAGUUCUCUACACACGGACCGCUUUUAUUGUUCUCGUGAAUAA